AUGCCUACGGACACCCAAUCAUACCUCCGCGACAUUGACUCCCACACUGACCGCAUACCAAACGCAUCUCCAGGAGACAAAAUAUUCUUGAUUAGGCUCACGUCCAAUAGAGAAGUGAAUAACUUCAUCGAAAGGCAACCAAAAGCCAUAAAACAUGACUACAAUGAGCUCUGCAAAGCCAUCCUGGCAGAAUACUCAGAUUACGGUGCCUCCGGGACCCUCACGGCAGCCAUGGCAGUCAAACAAACUCACAACGAGCUUGCGGACUGCUACUACAACAGGUUGAGACAGGCCUACUUCGGCAACCAAAACUACGAAGGGAUGGAGGAAGAUAAAAAUUUCAAGGCCCUGUACAUCCAAAACCUCCACCCCAACCUUAGCCACCUACUAGGCGUGUACGCCUGCCCCCUUACACAGGACAUACGACAACUGAAGACCCUAGUGGCAAGGGCGCAGAGCAAACACUUACUCAAACCCCAAGUGAAGCCACAAAACCAGCCUACAGUGUACAGUGUGGACAAACACAUGGAACUCGAAGGCGCACCAACCACCCAAAAACAAAAAUGGGGGACAGAUCGAAGGCCCCAAAGCAAUAACCAGCGACGCACAGACCCAAAGAACAGACAAUGGCACGACCAAAAGUUCACGCCAUUCGACGAUAACCGCGCCGCCCAGCCGGACGGGAAAGACCGCGCACCGCAGUUAACUCCCCAAGACCGCCCCGCUACAACCAUAAAUAAAAACAAACUUUCCAGGGAAGAACAAUCCCUCCUCCGCUCACUCCUGCGCAAAGCCAGAGAAAAAAGGACAGACACUGCUGACGUGUUCGCAGUGUCCUCGGAGGACACCUACUUCGACCCACACGUCCUUCGGGACCUCCAGGACGAGGUAAGCGAAGAACCCCGAGACCCACACGCACAGAAUGAGAACGCCCACUACGACCAGAGGGACGUCAUGGUGAUACAGGUAAACUCCAUCACAGACUCACGAAGGGAUUGCCCCUCGACGAUCAACUGCAAACCACCGUUCCACCAGUUCAUUGGCGAUCUACAACAAAAAGGUACCUACGGGAAACUCUACUUGCCCGUGACGCUUGAGGACCAAUGGGAACACGAAGCGCUCGUAGACACAGCUGCCGACAUCAGCAUGAUUGGCGACGAUCUCUUCGGUAAGUUACAGUCCCUGGCCAGAAAAUCCCACAGAGACCUAAAAACACAGCCGUGCGACGUGGAAAUACGACCCUAUUCCCAGGUAAACACGACCAUACGUAAAAUGGCGCUAAUGCAACUGACCGUGGGCCCCAUGACGCUAGUCCACCCGGUCUACAGCUCCCCAUUCAACGCGCAUCCACUCCUACUGGGCCAGGACCUUCUAAAUCAGUUAAAACCCCCAAUAGACUUCCAACGUCUAAAGAUCUGGGCACAAGUCCGGGAGCCCUUACCCAUCCCACGCCCACUGAGCGAGAACCACUGCUACUUCAUAGGAGCGCCGCCGGCAGACUGCCUACAGCCCGCCGCGACACAAACCGAAACCGGUCAGGAAACGGCCACAAUCUGCGCGAUCACUCGGGCAAACGCCGCUAAACUGGACCCGACACCCGACGCUGCGCCCACGCGCACAACCCCCGACUUCGGCAAGUCGGACCUAGCCUCCCUCCGAUGUAGGCAAAUGACGCUCCCGCUGCAUCGGCUCUACCAACCGGCUGAGGCGAACAUCGCCACGGCCUACACCACACACCAAUACAGGACUGACCCGCAGGACCACCUGGAACAGACGUUUGCAUUUACACAGAAGAAACUGGGAGACAGCGCCGAAGGACGCAAAGCCUACUACGAUCAAAAGGCGUCUCGCAACGAGCUCCAGGUUGAAAACCAGCACUGCACAGGGCCUGACUACUUCAUUGCCCUCAAAAAUUCUGUGGUGUGCAAACCUCCUUCAAAGAUUCAGAAAAGACUCAACACUCAACAGGCGCUGGACAUGAUCCUGAGUGAAGUCAACCCCUGCGACUCAGAUGGAGAGGAGAUCAACCUUCAGCUGGCUUCGAACCCUGAGUCGUCUGAGCUCUCUUCAGACCUGGGACACCCAGACAUCAUUGGAAUCAUGUCCCGAAACCGCUUCCAAAACAUCAUGCUUUGA